UAUGGUUGACAGAAAGGCUUAUCAUUUGCUUUACCACCAAUAUGAUUUCAUUGAUUGUCCUCUUCUGACACUGUCUUGCAACUGUUGGUGUGAAGUAUAAGAAACUAGAUUUGAUUUAGUAAUUUCAGCUCUCCUUGCAUGGAGUUAAUUUUGAGGCCAGCCAUUUCAUUGCAUCCGUGCUAAGAUGCCGAUGAAGGUGGUUGUUUGGGACAGCUAAGUUAGUUAGGUUUUAAGGCCGACCAAAGUUGGUCGCGCGCUGAUGCAGGCUAAUUCUAAAUGUCACGUUGCAUUUGUGAUGUGAAGUUUGGGAAGAGCUACAGAUUAAGCAAUGACCCUUACUUAUUUUAACUGUAUUUGAUGGGGAGUUGUGUUAGUCUUGUCAAAGCUUAAGUCAGCCAUUCACACUGGUAUUGUAACUAGCUAGCAAACGUUAACGUUACGCCGCUAGCCAGUACUAGCUAACGUUAGCUACCAUCAGCUGACAGGUCACCGGCAAAACCUUUGGCUUUGAGCUGGCAAACUCAGUAGCUAGCGAGUUAGUCAGAUAUCUAAAAUAGGUAGCUAACUACGUAAUCUCACAGAGGCAAAACUCAGAGAUUGCAUCUAGCUAACAAACUUAAAACCAGUUCAGUUGCCAAGUCUUGAAUUAGCCGUUGCUAAUAGCUAAAUUGGCUGGUUUGACACAUCGCACUCGAACUUGGCUCUCAUCAACUUGCUACGCAUUAGCAACGGGGCAAAUGUUCGGCACUCAAUGUAAACCCUUUUGUUGCGAAUUAGCUGGCUGGUCAACUAAGAAACGACUGUUUACUAAUCUGGAAUGACUUGACGGUGUGUCCAAUUCUGUCUGUAACAUUUAAUUGCUAACCUUUUGAUAGAAACGAGCAAGAUUUAGCUGAACGUUUAACUAGCUAGCUUGCCACCUUGCGUGUGGCUAUAGCUUGCUUCCUAGCUAUUUUAGCCUACGACAUAACAUUCACAUUUAUCAGAGGACCUCGUUUUACUUUGUGUUAGUUUAGUUUUGUGUAAGUCUAAAGGGAAAUGGCUGGUAACGCACUCAUUGGUGAUCCAAAUAAAGACACAGAAGAUGCCAGUGAAACUGACCUGGCAAAACAUGACGAGGAUGACUAUGUGGAAAUCAAAGAACAGAUGUACCAAGACAAGCUGGCGUCAUUGAAAAGGCAGUUGACGCAACUCCAAGAAGGAACACUUCAGGAGUACCAGAAGAGAAUGAAGAAGCUGGACCAGCAAUACAAGGAGAGACUCCGUAAUGCUGAUCUCUUUCUCCAACUUGAGACAGAACAGGUGGAGAGGAACUACAUCAAAGAGAAGAAGGCGGCGGUGAAAGAGUUUGACGAUAAGAAAGUUGAGCUGAAGGAAAACUUAAUUGCCGAGCUGGAGGAGAAGAAGAAGAUGAUAGAGAAUGAGAAAUUAACGAUGGAGCUGACAGGCGAUUCCAUGGAGGUGAAACCCAUCAUGACCCGGAAGUUGAGGAGGCGGCCCAACGAUCCAGUCCCCAUUCCAGACAAGCGGAGGAAACCUGCACCUGCUCAGCUAAACUAUUUGCUAACAGAUGACCAGAUCAUGGAAGAUCUGCGAAUACUGAACAAGCAGCUGAAGUCCCCCAAGCGUCCAGUGUCUCCGUCUUCUCCAGACCAAAUGCCCACCAUUCCAAUGGAGUCCCCCUCACAGCGCUAUGAGGCACGCAUCGAAGAGGGAAAGCUGUACUACGACAAGAGAUGGUAUCAUAAGAGCCAGGCCAUCCACCUGGAGUCCAAGGAGAACACCAAGAUCAGCUGUGUCAUCAGCUCAGUGGGAACAAACGAGAUCUGGGUGAGGAAGACCAGCGACAGCACCAAGAUGAGGAUCUACCUGGGACAGCUACAGAGAGGAGCGCUUGUCAUCCGACGACGGUCGGCAGCGUAGAAACGACACCAUGCCCCUUCCCAGUGUCUCUUCAUCCAUCCAUCCAUCCAUCCAUGCCUUCAGCAUCCUUCUUGUUCCUUUCAUUUUGUACAUGCAGUAUGUUGCUUCCCCCUCAUCAUCAUGUUUCUCCCCCCAUCAUCAUGUUGCUCCUCCUCAUCAUCAUGUUGCUCCUCCUCAUCAUCAUGUUGCUUCCCACCUUCAUCAUGUUGCUCCCCCAUCCUCCCUACUGUGUGCCUGAGGAAGUCUGCUCAAUGACUUUGUGGUUUUUCAAUCAAUCAGGACCACUGGAGGGGAAGAACGAUGCAUUCUGUCAGUAGCCAUCAUCAAGCACAGGUGGAAGCCAUUUUUCCUUGCAGGUUUUGUCUCAAAUAGCCCUUUAGGCAGUUGAGGAGACCUGGAAUGAAUGGAUAGCCUUGGUAUAGCAAAUGUUGUCAUGGCUGCACUAUGCCUUGUUAUAGACUUAGCUGUCCAAUGCGCUCAGAUCUACACAAGUGCUUAGGGGCUAAAGGUGGACGUUUGGCUUGGUCGUACAUGUCUGCCUUUAUAUACCUAACAUGGUUCUGUAACAGUUUCCGUCAGCUGUGCCACUCAGCAUAAAUCAUGCCAUGUUUUCUAGGAGGAAAAUGGACACAACAUUUCUCUUCAUCUUGACAUUGGUACUGUUUUUUCUGCUUCUGGUCAAUUAACCUUUUUUUUCUUCAUAAUAUAUUGGAUUUACUUUUAAGGUUUUAAUUUUGUAUCUGAAUUAUUGACAUUAAAUGAGUUCAGUUUAACCAAAUGUGGAAUA